ACUUUCAGCUGUGAUUACCACAGCGGGUUUCGUUGUGAGCAACACGAAAAACAUUUCGUGGUGAGCGGCACGAAAAACAUGACGAAAUCGUGUUGGUGCGCACGAAAAAGAAACAAAAAAUUUACGUAACAGUUUCACGAAUCCCCGUGAGACCGUGUUGCAGCCAUAUUCUCACAUAUUAUGUAUGUAGAUUACCAGUAAACAAAAGCUUCUUCGGUACUGGUGGGAAGCUAAAAGCUUACACAAAGCUCCUAAAAACCCAAGACAGAUAACAUGAGCUGGAGAAGCAAAAGCAAGUACAAAACAAAGAAUCAAUAGAAUAAAUUGUGAUUAUUCUGUCUGUUCAUCAGUCAAUGCUGAAAGGUUGUUCAGUGUUUGUUGAAGAUGUUCUUGAACACUAAACAAAGGCAAAAGAUGGUGCAAGUUCGAGAACAACAAUUCACUUAAAUGAAAACUCAGCGACAUUACUGGGGCACAAAAGAAGAUGAAGAUGCUUUGACUAUCAAGUAGGCAACAGCUGCGUGUUUUUCUUUUACCUGCACUUGACAAGAGAAUCAAAAGCGUGUUCAUGCUUUAAUUGAACACAUUUUUGCUGGUGUUUCACUGUCCUGACAUGAUGCAGGGCCAGGGAUUCAAAGCUUCCUCUGCGUUAAUUAAUUUUUGAGCUCACAAACUGCAGCUUCUGCUUUUCAGAAUUUGCAGUACGAUUUGAGUCGGUGCUCACGCUCUCACUCCUCCUUCAUUACUGUAAGCAGAAGAGCGUCCACAUGCUCUGAAUGCAGAGGACAGGACUGAAGCCUGAAUCUGCAAAAAAAAGGCUUUUCUCAUCUGGUCUGCUCCUCUUGGAUAUGGUUUGGCUGGUGGGUAAUAUUGAUUUCAAAGCAUCAUCUUUUACAGCGCACCAUGUUUUCCUGCCGGAUCAUCACCAAACACCAGCGUUCCUCAGCCAUCCUACUUGCCAUACAGGGCCGCUGAAUGUGUGACAGUAGCCCGGAGUUAUUAUGCACAGAUAACCUUCCCUUCCUUUUAUAAUCCAAGCAGGCACAAAGGGAAACUAUUCAUGAUCUGCAAUUAUGUUUUCCAGAUAAGAUAAGCAGUUCACAAUUAACUUAAGGCCUGCCCCAGACAUAAGGAGCUUUCAUAUCUGCUGACCUAGCCAAUCAAACUGCUCCAGGAGCUGCUUUUCAAUAUCACCAUGGCUAAGCCUUUGCCUUUGUGUGUUUCUUUCUUGCUGCCUUGUUACUUUAUAUGUACAACUCAGAGCUCUUUCUCAGAAGAACUCCAACACAAGGGGGCGUACACUGCUAAGUUUGCCUCUCCUUGUCCGGUGGAGUAGCAGCAGGGAUAAAUGUGAUUAGUGUCAUGUCUGACCUUGACGGGGGACUACACUUAACUUUAAAUUUCAAGAAGGAAUGCCUUAGUGCAUUAUUGGCAACGAAAUGUGUGGCUUCCUCUGUGCUACACAACUGCUUUACAAUGGACCACCUCUUGGCGUAGCCCCUGAAUGACAAUGUGGAUGGUUGCAUGCAGCUUGGUCAGUUGGUGGAUUAAUGGACACUGCAGUUAUUUGUCUGCUUGAUACAUGCAGAUAUAGUGGUAUGUGCACAUAUGUGGGCUGCAAACCUUCCCUAAUCCUUCACUCUAGUUAUUAUCAUCCUGAUUAUGCGUCCCGGUGUUUGUAGGAGCAUUUUCCAAUUCAAAUGUGCCACCCAUACAGGAUAAUCAAGUCCCCGGAGAUUUGUAACGCAACAAUCAUCAGUAACACUGUGCACACUUCAGUGAUUGCAUUAGCAAUGGAGUUUUAAAUAAUCUGUCUGUUUCACCUCGUUGCUCUGAUUUCCCUUUUGUCUUUUUCAUCCUCCUCCCGCCAGUUUACUAAUAUUUCAGUUUUUGCAGCAACAUUUUAAACAUGCUGCUCACUUUAGUGCGUUUAUUUGAGGAUUUGAAGCUGCUUCUGCUGCUCACUUGUCACUUGCAAAACCAACUGCAUGAUGCCAUGUACACUUGCAUCCUUGGAGCACACACAGCCCUUGUACAAAGCACCUGUCUUAGUGGAGUAAAUGGCUGUAACCCAGCCCCCUGGGAGGUAUGCGUUCCUAUAGGCUGGAAGCGCAUUUUUAAAGCUCAGUGGUAAAAGCGAGAUUUAAUUGGUUUGAGCUCCCAGUAUAUGUAAAUGGUAGCUGGUGGCUCCUCCCAUGCACCUGAUAGGGAGUAUUUACAGCUCUUUACUGCUACCCACUGCACUGUUUCCAAGAGCGCAGCGUCGCACAAUGACACUCCACUGGACUUAAGAAAUAAGGAUUUCCGUCUUUUACGCAGUAAACUGACGCGCUUAUUUACCAAGAAAAAAGUUUACCAAAAGUUGUCCUCUGGGUUUCUCAAGAUGCCACGCUCUUUUCUGGUCAAGAAACACAUAAACUCCACAAAGAAGCCAAAUUAUAGUGAGCUGGAAAGCCCAACAGUUUUCAUCACGCCGCACUUCUACAAGGGCCUGCCCCUGUCUGUCAUCCCCCAGUCGGAGAUCCUGAGCCCGGCGGCGUACAGCCCCAUCACCGUGUGGACUACCAGCAACUUGCCGCUGUCUCCGCUCCCCAAUGACCUCUCCCCCAUCUCCGGAUACCCCUCAUCGCUCUCCGACACCUCCUCUAAAGACCACAGCGGCUCCGAAAGCCCGAGGAGUGAUGAAGACGAGCGGAUGCUGCCCAAGCUGACAGACCCUCACGGAGUGGAGGCUGAGAAAUUCCAAUGUAGUUUGUGUAGCAAAUCCUACUCCACGUACUCUGGACUGCUCAAGCACAAACAGCUGCACUGCGACGCCCAGACGAGGAAAUCCUUCAGUUGUAAAUACUGCGAGAAGGAGUACGUCAGUCUGGGAGCUCUCAAAAUGCACAUCAGGACUCACACCUUGCCUUGUGUUUGCAAAAUAUGCGGGAAAGCUUUCUCCAGACCGUGGCUGCUCCAAGGACACAUCAGGACGCACACCGGAGAGAAGCCCUUCUCCUGCCCUCACUGCAACAGGGCGUUUGCAGACAGGUCCAAUCUCAGGGCUCAUCUACAGACCCAUUCGGAUGUGAAAAAAUACCAAUGCAAGAACUGCUCCAAAACCUUCUCCAGGAUGUCUCUUCUGCACAAGCAUGAGGAAUCUGGUUGUUGUGUAGCACACUGAACUGGGAUACUUUUCCACCACCAGAAAACCACCCCUGCUCUGUUGCUUCUUUAUUUUUCCCAAACCCAGGAGAACUGUCAGGGAAUCACAUCGAGGGGGUUUGUUCACAAAUAUUCAGACUUUUUGUUUUUUUCUACUACCGGUCGAUUUCAUUUCAGAGUGAGAAAUAGCUCAGCGCUCACACGCUUCUCGUUUCAAGCAGUGUUUCUGUGAUUGCAAUCAGUGUCGAGCUUUGUCAAACCAUGUACUCACCUACCUGUGCUAUUCAUGCACUUUUCUGCAUGUUUAGAAAGUUUUAUAUGCCUUCACGAUGUUAUCUGCAGUGUUUGUACCAGUGUCUCCCAAUGGCUGUUUUGCAGUCCCCCACUUUUUUUAUACCAAAAGGUGCAUUAUGAAUGGCAGUAUGAAUAUAACCAGUGGAAUACUGAAGCCAUUGUUACAUAGGGAACAAGUGCAAACUUAGAUUUAGGGUGAAAUUAUUAUAACUUUUGCACAGUCUUUAGAAACAGUUUGCCAGCACUCAAAUAGCAAUACAAAUUGUCUCAAGUGCCUCAGUUUUACUCGGCAAUAAUAUGUAUUUUUCAACAACAGGUUCCUUUUAUAUUUUUAUAUAUUGAAUGUAAGUGUGACUGAGAUGAUUGUACAUUAACAGUGAAAACUGUGAUGCUGAAUGAUUUUGAUAUUUUCUUAUUUUCAUGACACUUUAAAAAAAUAAAGUUUCAUGACAUUUUGUAUAA